CCCAGGCUCCUAUCAGCACACAGAGAAUGCAAUGAUUCAUGGGACUUGUAGUGUCUUCUUAUCUCAGGGAACUACAACUCCCAGGUGACAUUACCAGCAGGAAACAGGAAGUAGAAGAGAAGCUCUGAGUGUAUUUUGUAGAAGGCCUCAGAAGAGAUCCAGAGAACAUCGGGAAUGGCGUCUGCUGCUCUAGGAGACGAGCUGAGCUGCUCCAUCUGCCUGAGCUUUUAUACGGAGCCGGUGUCACUGAGAUGUGGACACAACUUCUGCCGGGAUUGUAUUGUGAUUGUUCUGGAUAAACAGGAGCGGUCCGGAGUUUAUUCCUGUCCGGAGUGUAGAGAUGAGUAUGUAGAGCGCCCCACUCUGGAGAAGAACAGGAAGCUGUGUAACAUUGUGGAGAACUUCAGAUCUACACAACAAAAGGAAGAGAAAAGUGAGAUCCUCUGUACAUAUUGUGUGGAUUCUCCGGCAGUUGCUGUGAAGACUUGUCUACAUUGUGAGACUUCUAUGUGUGAUAAACACCUGACAGCCCACAACAAGGCGGUGGAGCAUGUGUUGAUAGAACCCACCUCGUCGUUCAGUAGUAAAAAGUGCUCCAUCCACAAGAAGCUUCUGGAGUAUUACUGCUCCGAGGACGCCGUCUGUCUAUGUGUGUCCUGCUGUCUGGUGGGGAAACAUAAAGGACAUGAAGUGGAACUUCUAGAUGAGGCUUUGGGGAAGAAGAAGGAGAAACUGAGAAAUGUUCUAGAAAAGAUGACCACAUCGAAAGAGACAACUGAGAAGAAAAUUCAGAAUCUACACGACCAGAAGAGAAAAGCACAAGAAGAACCAGACGAUGAGAAGAAGAGAGUCACUGCCCUGUUUGAGGAUAUCAGGAGACAGCUGGAGGUCCAGGAACAGAGAGUCCAGAGUGAGAUCUCCAGACAGGUAGAGGAGGUCUCAUUGUCGGUCACUUAUCUCACCAAACGGUUGGAGAUUCAGAAGGACGAGCUGUCCAGGAAAAUUGGUCACAUUGAGAAGUUGUGUAACAUGACCGACCCAAUAACUGUCCUACAAAAUCAGGAAUUGAAUGAAGGAGACCAGAAUGUGGAGGAAUCUUCUGUUCAUGAUCUGGACGAUUUUAUGAUCUCUCUUGUGUUGCACAGAUCUAUAACUGAUCUUGUCACUAAUAUGCAAUUAAAAGCCAACUUCAAUAUACAGGAUGCAAGAGAUCUGCUAUUGGAUAUUAAAACAGCCAAUGAAUUUGUGGAUUUAUCUGAUGACCUGAAAACAGCAUCCAACCCUGAAAAAAAAAAUCUUAGGCCGCUAUCACCGCAGAGAUUUACAUUAUACAAUCAGGUGAUGAGUAUUAAGGGAUUUUCUCAUGGGAGACAUUACUGGGAAGUAGAGGUCGGUGACUGUGGGAAUUGGGAUGUGGGUGUUUGCUAUCCCAGUAUAGAGAGAGAUGGAAAGGAGUCUAGUAUUGGGUAUAAUAACAGGUCCUGGAGUUUCCUCCAAUAUAAAAAUAAAAAUGCAUCUCUACAUGACUCUCAGGAACAGGUGUUAUACGCGGAGUCUCCUGUGCAGAGAUUGGGUUUGUAUUUGGAUUAUGAAGCCGGCCGUCUGUCCUUCUACCAGCUGAGCGACCCCAUCAGACAUCUUCACACCUUCACCACCACCUUCACCGAACCCCUCCAUGCUGUCUUCUAUGUGAAUUAUGGAGCCUGGGUGAAGCUGGUAUCUCCAGCGUUUCCUAUAAAACCAUAAUUUUCAACAUACAGUGGAACCUCGGAUUGCGAGUAACGCCGUUAACUAGCGUUUCGCAAUAC